UCGAUGCGUGCGCGCACAACAACGUGCGUAUACGCGCCUAUUACGAACGUUAUGAUCUACGCGCGCGUAAACUUCGCUCAAAAUUUUGACAGUUCGGGAAAAUAAUAAAUAUUAUAACCUAGAAAAUUUGUAAAUUAAAUAUUACGCUGUCUUAUUGUGAAUUUGAUAUGAUGAUAGUUGUAUCGUGACGGUGCGCGAGUGGGCCCGACAGCGAGCUGCGAGCAUUGGGCACAAUGAGCCUGCCGCUGAAUUGGCACAAAUGGCUAGUGUUGUCGUUGCUCGGAUUGGCUUUGUCCGCUUGGCCAAUUGCCUGCGAUUAUAGUUCCAUCACCGAGAAAUUUGGAGCGGAAGCCGUUGCUCGAUGCAAUGAAAAAUGUCCCUUCCAGAAUCGGACCGCUGAUGGCCACUUCGACGUAAAUUGCGGAUCCGAUUGCAGUGUGCAGCAAUGUCGACUGGGAUGCAGUUUAUGGCAAUUGGGAUUAAAAAAUUCGUGCCAGAAUGUUUGCAACGUGACAUCGGAAACUGUAUUUUCUCGGGAGUUGUAUUGCGUGAUGGGUUGCAAUGAGGCUCUUAAUACUUACUUUCAAAAGUUAAGAGAGCUGAUUGGUACACCAAGCGCUCCUGCAUUAGUAGCGGACAGUCUGACAGCACGGUCGCUUUCUCUGGUAUGGGAAGCGCCCGGUGUGGCCAACCUCAGUCACCUGCUGCAGUGGCGUUACGAGGAAUUGCCUGGCACAUGGCAGUACUACUCCAACGCGAGUCACGCUGAUCGCUCUAUCAUACAUGUUGAUAAUCUGCGUCCCUACACUAAAUACAGAUUUCGCGUAGCUAUCUUCCUCUCUGGUCGGGUGAGCAGUGGAGAGCCGGUGUACUCGGCGCCCUCUGUGGUCAUAUCUACGCUGGAGAGUGGCAAGCCUGCCUCGCCGCCCGCCGCCCUGCGCGCCGCCGCGCCCGACCCCAGCCGCGUCGCAAUCUCGUGGCAGCCCGGACCCUUCCCUAACGGACCCCUCAUCUCGUACGUGCUGCGACUUGCCGACACACAGCCCAACACUAAUGAUGCGUUAGAGGACAUGCCGGCGUCGAACAAGACAUUGUUCUACAUGUUUCAAAACCUGGCCCCAGCGCGCGAGUACGAGGUAUCUGUGUCAAUGCGCAACGCGGUCGGCGAGGGACCCCGCGCUUAUGUCAGAAUUUCUACACCUCCUCUACCCAAAUCUGUUCCAAGUCAACAACCUAUACUUAUAUUAGGCGGGGAACGUAAUAUUUUAGCUGCUCCCGCAAAUGACAUACUCGCAGAUCCCAUUGAGUUGUACACUACCAAUGAAACUAUUACGGGUGUCGGAUUAGAUAUUUCCAGCGACUCGCUUUUCGUUUCCGUAUCCAGCGGUUAUGUGUAUCGCAAUUCGUUAUCUAAAAGAAGCGUCUCUCACGCCAUCAUCACUCCGAAGAAUACGUACAAACCUUUAGAUCUGUCCGUGGAUUGGUUGAAUCGACAUUUAUAUAUUCUUGGAGAAGUACAUUAUGCAAGAGAUGGCAGUUUAUCUAAUACAUCAUUGUAUUCUACUUGGGAAAUAAUUAGAUGUGAUUUUGAAGGAAGAAAUCAAAUAGUAGCAUUGUCAGGGUUCAACUCAAGGCCGAUUCAUUUUGAAGUGGAUGCAUAUAACGGGUAUUUGUUCUGGGCGCUACGUGGUGUGGAACACGGGGGUCUAUACCGUUUAGACCUGGCUAAUAUAUCUAACGGCGUGCCUCACAACGCUACACUCAAGUGCAUAGUCAAGGACGCACAUCUCGGAUCUUUUACAGUCGACCACGCCGACUUCAGGCUGCUUGUAGCACACCUCAGACGGAAUACAGUACUAGCAGUUUCAUUAGAUGGGCGCGAUGUAUCAGACUUCAGGCCUAACACGCAGACUCCGAUGUUCUCAUCCGUGAGGUCGAUAGCGUACGCCAGUGGUCUGUUCUACUGGACGAACGGCAGGGAGAUGUUGAUAGAGGAAUACCACGCGAAGAGUGACAGCUACUUCCACAACGAGUAUCCUCUGGCAUUCAAUACUAAAUUAGUAGCGACUAGUCAAGUGCUCGUGGCGCUGAGGAGCUGUCAGCCAAUCCCAGUACCUGUCAACCCACCGUUAGGUGUGCAGAGUGUGAUGGGCAUUGACCGCUCGAAGGUGUCCUGGUCUCCGCCUCAUCUACUGGGUCAUCAGGGCAACGGUGCCUGGCAGCAGUGGACAUUUCAUUUACAAUUGACACAUAUGGAUACAGGGGAGACUAUUGACAUUAAAAAUAUAAAUGAAUCCAUUUGUGUGGUAAAAAAUUUAAAGCAAGACACAGAAUACGUUAUAAAAGUAGCGGCAGAGACAGAGUCGGGAUCAGGACCGUGGUCAUCAGAAUUCAUUGGGAAAACUCUAGCCUCUAACCCUACGACAUUGCACAGCACCUUACUAUGGUCAGGACCUGAUGGUCUACUGCAGACUGACUUGACUGGUGACAACUUGAAAACCUUGAUUCACAGUGGCCACUUGAAGAACUUGUACAUAACAGACAUAUCGUGGUACCGUGAUGUUGUCUAUUUGGUAACCAAUGCGUCUACCGUGAUGUGGUACAACUGCACAUCUAAAGAGCGUGGUCUGCUGCCCGCCCUUGACAACGUCGCCAGCCUCGCUGUUGACUGGGUGGGACAUAAGAUAUACUGGUCUAAUCCCAAGCAGCAACUAAUAAGUCGCGGCAACUUCGACGGCAGUGGUCGCGAGCCGGUGCCUAUUGUGACGGUGGCCAAAGAACUGACCAUCGACUCUUUAGCUGCCUACAUCUACUGGAGCACAGGACAUGCUGUCGAGGCCGCGCGUCUCAACGGAGAGAACAAGAUCAUUUAUUAUCCUGCCCAAUUGUUUAGUGGGAAACAAGUAAUGGGCCUCACAGCGGAUUUGGAAAAGAAAUGGCUGUAUUGGUUGGUGCGAAGCUACGACGGUUCGGAGCUGCAUCGAGCGCCGACCGCUGACAAAAUAUCUACUGGAAUUAGUGAGGUGUCAGGUUCGUUGGUGUCGCGGCUGUCGGGUACAGCGACGCUGGGUCCGCUUUGUUAUUUUAGCGGGCGUCUUGUGUGGGUGGCGGAUGCGGCGCGUGCAGUGGUAUCAGACCUGGCGGGCCGCUACACUGCCGAACUCAUGCCCAGAGUCCAUGUCAUCGCUGUCAGAGAUCCAACCAUACAUGCACAAAGCGAAUACAUAAUAGCAAUACCGGAGACGAUAAACGCAUCAUCGAUAGCCAUCGUGGGUUCGUGGGAGCGGUUCAACGUGACGUGGGCGCCGGCGCGCCGCGUCAACUUGCAGCAUGCGAAAGUCUUUUACGACGUCAGCCUCCAGUUCGAGGGACAGUUCAAGAUUGAGAGGACAGUGGAGGUGCCGUGGGUGGAGGUGCUCGGGGAGCGGUGUCCACGGCCGUACAGCGCGGCGGAGGUGACAGUACGUGCCUACACGCACUGGGGCGGGGGCGUAGCUGCGCGUGCGCGUGCUCGCUCGCCUCCUGCCGCACCCGCGCCACCCACCGCACCCGCGCUAUACGUGCAGCCCGCACACAGUGGGGGACCUUUGACCGCGGUGUUCCGCUGGAAAGCACCGUCGCGCUCCAACGGUGUCAUCCGGCAGUACGAGGUGCAAUGCUGGUCGCAGCCGGCCGCCGUCAACUCCUCUGCUCCCAGCGCGCUCGCCACUUCCCCAGCCCCCAAAUCCUCGGCGUGCCCUGCCGCCAUGCUGCCGCCGAUGCAUACGCAAAUCAUGCUCAGGGAUCUCAUGCCAAAUUCUAUUUAUUUUUUCCGGGUUAGAGCAUACACAGACGCUGGUUACGGUGAAUUUUCUCAAAUAAUAUCAGCACCGUCCGAUGAAAUAAAUCCAAUACCGAAAGUGAUGCUGUCAUCACAAGAAUCGAUUAAGAUCUUCGAUUUGGACUCCGGCGAGAGUGAGAUCAUACCAAAGAGCAUGGGCAAGCCGGUCGACUUCGUUGUCUCCACUGAGGAAAAUGUCGUGUACUGGGUGAACAACCUUGAGGAAAUAUUCUCAUCGAGAAUUAAUGGUAGCGGACACUAUAAGUUAACAUCAAUAAACGCAUCUGCAACGAGUAUCUGCGCGGACUGGGUGGGGCGCGCGGUGUACUGGAGCCAGCAUGAGGUGUCGGCCACCGAGUCCUACGUGGUGUACCGUGCCAGCCUCGGUAUCCCCAACACGAGGCCGCUGAUAACCAGGGUAUUUGCUAGGAAACAACCCAUCUACAGCUUACAGAUAGCACCAUUACACGGGUCACUGUAUUGGUACGAAGAAAAUAAUCAUCCCGGUCUGGGUACACUGAUGACAUCAAGGCUCAAUGGAUCACAAAUACGCACAUUUUUUUCCAAUCACGACGAAACUUCACAUUUACGCAGUAACUGUAAUUGUCCAGAAAAUCCUCAAGUGGCUAAAACUUUUACACUGGAUAUGACGAAAGACGACAUAGAAUUAUACUGGGUCGAUCCCUGGGUGCAUCAAAUUGUUGCUUCCGAUAUGUCGGCGUGCAAAUGUAGGGUAGUCGUGGAUGCCUCAAAGAAAAGAUACGGCUUUACACCGAUGGCGAUUACCGUGGAUAGUAAAUAUAUUUAUUGGUUUAAUUCAACUGAAAAGUCUAUUUACUACACGAACAAACUGACGAAGAGUGAGAUUGAACAAGUGAAAGCGUUCUACGGAUAUAAGAUACUGACGUUGGACCCGGCCACGCAGCCAUACCCGCCUCGACAGUGUUUGUUCCCGAAAGCGCAUAACUUGCAUCCAACUGUCAUUUCAAACUCAGCUAAUAGUCUGACGCUGCAGAUGCCUAAAGUUGGCAAACCAAAAUACUGCCAUCAGUAUAAUUAUGAAAUGGCAGCAGUCGAAUAUACCGUUUAUUAUCGUUUGAAAACGUCAAACAAGCCGACAGUUUGCGACAAGAAGACAUGUUCUUAUAAGAUGACCACAAGCUCUGAAGUAAUUCUGAACGAAUUAAAUCCUUUUACAAAUUACACGGUGAUGUUGGAAGCUACGAAUUACUACGCAAAGUUACACGAAGUCGCGCCUAUUGUUGGAACCCCUAUGGUCUUACAAACUGCUGCGGAAGCCCCGACAGCUCCGAAGGACGUAAAGGCGACCGUGUUGAGCCCGGUGCUGGCACGAGUCACAUGGACCCCGGACCCGGGACUUUGGUACGAACUGCAUUGGGGCACGGAUGACUCUUCCUCGUUGCCAUUAAAAGAACACAAUACAUUCGAGGUGUCUGAGGGCGGUAGUGCAAACAUGACGCGGCUGAGUCCAGACACGCGGUACAGCGUGUGGGUGCGCGCGCGCUCAGCGCACAGCAGCCGCGCCGGAGACUCGCCCGCAUUGCGCCUGCGCACCUACCCGCUGCCCGCACCUCUCGCCCUGCGCAACACCACCGCCUACGCCAUGCGCGUCGUCUGGACACCUCCCACUUCGUACAAUUUGCACCAUUACAGUGUGGAGUACAGCGAGGCAAUGCCUAAGGGCGCGUGGCGGACGUGCGAGAGGGUCGCGGGGGGCGGUUGGCGGGCGGGGGGUCUGCGGCCGCGCACCCGAUACCGCUUCCGUCUGCGCCUACAGUACGUGCCGCAAGCGCCGUACUUCUACUGGCCCAACGAAGACCUUUUCACUUAUGAAACACUGGGCGACGUGCCGGGUCCGCCGGGUCCUUUACGUGUGCAGGCAGUGGGCGACAAGGUGCUCCGCGCCUGGUGGACCGAACCCGACCCCAAAGGUUAUCCGGUUACAGAAUACCGUGUUUGGGGAAGACCACAACAUAUUGACACAAAUACUGAAGAAAUUAGUGUGAAGAACUACAGCGAGCUGUUGCCCGCCAACUUGCCAAAUGAUAUCGAUGAUGAAAUGAAAAUGAGGAUCAUACGCGAGGGACUAGAGCUACUGCACAAUGGCACCGAAUCAUACUGGCUGAUCGGCGCGGGCGAGGUGUCCGCGGGGUACGUGGCACAUGUGCAGGCGCGCAAUCAGCACGGCUGGGGCGCGCUGUCUGCGGGCGCGGUGCUGUCGGGCGCCCCGCUGGCCGCCGCGCCGCGCCCGCACCCCGCAGCUCUGGCCGCCGCAUUAGCCGCUAUCGCCGCACUCGCCCUCGCUGUGCCCGCCCUUCUGCUCUACACUUACAAGAAUCGUAACAAAAAGAAGGCUGCUCUAGAAGCUCAGAUGAACAGCUUGACGGCGCGACGCGGACCUGACGUGGAGUUGGCUACGCUGCGGCAGCUCCCUAUCAGACAUUCUAAUAACAUAUUGUACAACCAGGGCGCAGCAAGUCCAACAGAGGCGGAGAUAGCGGCGCUGCCUCACGUGCGCCGCGACCACAUCACGCUCAACAAGUUCCUCGGCUCCGGCGCAUUCGGCGAGGUUUUUGAAGGUGUCGCUCGCCUCAACAACGGCACUGGUGACACUAAAGUCGCUGUCAAGACGUUAAGGAAAGGGGCUACAGAGCAGGAGAAAGCAGAGUUCCUAAAGGAAGCGGCGCUGAUGUCGAACUUCAAGCACGAGCACAUCCUGCGGCUGCUGGGCGUCUGUCUCGACAACGACCCUCACUACAUCCUCAUGGAGCUCAUGGAGGCCGGGGACCUACUCAGCUAUCUCCGCGCCAAGCGACCCUCAUUGUACACACCGGAAUCGCUAACACUACUCGACUUGCUGAACAUGUGCGUGGAUGUGACGAAGGGCUGCCGGUACUUGGAGGAGAUGCAUUUCGUGCACCGCGACCUGGCCGCCCGCAACUGUCUCGUGUCGCACCGCGCUGCCGGCAGACUCGUCAAGAUCGGGGACUUCGGUCUCGCCAGAGACAUAUACAAGAAUGACUACUACAGAAAAGAAGGGGAAGGACUUUUGCCUGUACGAUGGAUGGCUGUGGAGUGCUUAGUUGACGGUAUAUUUUCGUGUCAGUCUGACGUGUGGGCGUGGGGCGUAUUAUGUUGGGAGAUCCUGUCGCUGGGCCAGCAGCCGUACCCGGCGCGCACCAACCGGCAGGUGUUGGACUAUGUGCGCGCAGGCGGCACGCCUGACCGCCCUCCCAACUGCCCACCGGCUCUGUACGAGUUGCUGCAGCAGUGCUGGAGCUACAACGCGGAGGCGCGGCCGACGUUCGCUCAGUGUCUGGCGCUGGUGACGUCACUGCGCGACGCCGCACCGCCGCACGCACCGCUCGCCGCACAGCCGCAGCCGCAGCCGCACUACCUCACCCUGCUCGCUGACGAUGCUGUCGACAACCGCACCUACCUGCUGGACGAGAAUCAAAACGCCUGCGUAGAUGAAGAUUUCCCGGAGGCGCAAAUGGAACCUUCUCGUCUGUUACCACAGCACACACCCAAGUACCUCGAGCUGAUGUACGACACUGACUUGGGGGCCGAGACGCUGGAUGGAUACGAAGUCCCGCGCACGCCCACAGUUUAUACCCCCUUCUCUAGGCACAGCAUUGUCGGUGUUGCCCCCAACAGACUGAUCAAACCCCCUUUGUACAGGCGGCAUUCGCUACGCGCGCAUCCUCUCCGGCCGCACACACUGCGCACGCAGUCACUACGAGCCAAUACGCGACCACCCAAUGCCACUAUAAUCCCCUUAAGAAAUGGCAUUGUAAAGCGCGCGUCUCUCUGCGAGACAGAUCCUAGACCCGGCUCCUCGCACGACUUCGACAAACAUAUAUUUAAAACACUAUUCUAAACUGUGAUAUUAGAAUUCUUUAUUCCACCGAUCGGCAGCUACAAUUAGAUGUUUAAUAUUAAAUUAUUUAUUAAAUGAUUUUGUAAAUAAAGGGAUAUUGUAAAUAUUAUCGUAAGAUUUAGCACUUUUGUAUAUCUCACGUGAGGGUUCGCCAUUAGUACAAGGUUCGUGCAUAUCCGAUGCAUUUAUUUCUAAUUUAUUCCUACUUAUUUGUUAACUUUUAAUAAAUGUAUAUGUUUUGA